CGGUCUCAUGGGCUGUAGAGUCAGGAGUGGAACUUGAACUCUGCUCCCAGGUAGUGCGAAUAAGGAUAAGAGACGCAGCCUGCUGGGGCAGGGAGCCCCAGGUCUCUUGCCAACUUCGGACCCUUCCCUGGACACCUCGUCCUGUUUCUGGAUUUAUCCUCCGGGAGCCUUCCCGUCUGCAAAGUCCUAGGGCCCUAGAGGCCACGGGCACGAUGCUUCGGGUCCUGGUGGGGGCCGUCCUCCCCGCAAUGCUGCUGGCCGCUCCACCGCCCAUCAACAAGCUGGCACUGUUCCCGGACAAGAGCGCCUGGUGUGAGGCCAAGAACAUCACCCAGAUCGUGGGCCACAGCGGCUGCGAGGCCAAGUCCAUCCAGAACAGGGCGUGCCUAGGACAGUGCUUCAGUUACAGCGUUCCCAACACCUUCCCGCAGUCUACGGAGUCCCUGGUUCACUGCGACUCCUGCAUGCCGGCCCAGUCCAUGUGGGAGAUCGUGACCUUGGAGUGUCCCGGCCACGAGGAGGUGCCCCGGGUGGACAAGCUGGUGGAGAAGAUCGUGCACUGUAGCUGCCAGGCAUGUGGCAAGGAGCCCAGCCAUGGGCUGAGCGUCUACAUGCAAGGCGAGGACACGCCAGGCUCCCAGCCGGGCACCCGUCCCCACCCCCACCCAGGCGGGCAGACCCCCGAGCCCGAGGAUCCCCCCGGGGCCCCCCACGUGGAGGAAGAGGGGGCUGAGGACUGAGGCCCCAACUCCUCCUCCCCUCUCGUCCCCUGUGGAAUGUUGGGUCUCACCCUUGGGGGAGCGGUGGGGAGAAAGGCCGGAGCCCCCCUUUGGCACUGGAUGGACUUGGAUUCAGACUUGGACUUGGAACGCUUUCCGGUUGCCGUGGAGAUCUGAAGGGAGGGGUUGGGACCAAGCUGCACAAUUUAAUAUAUUCAAGAGUGAGGGGAGGUAGCAGAGGUCUUCAGGGUUCUUUUUCAGAGGGGGGGGUGGUUCUCUUCCUUUCUGCCUCCUAGAGAUAUGCCUUUGGGAGCAGGAAGAGGUUGGCUAAGCUGCUGAGGUGGGUGUGAGGUCCUCACCACCCUGGUGGGGCAGGGCCCCUGGGGUACAGAUGGUGGAGCGGGGACCCUGGACCGAGGGUCGGUGCCUUGCCAGCAGUAGCCUUGAGGAAGGGGCUGGGUCCAGGCUAGGAAGACCACUGGCAGAAGCUCGAGCCCCAUAGGUUUCCCCAAAGGUCUCUCGUCCCCAGGAGAGCUUCUCCCCAUUGGCACCAAAAUGGCCCUCCCUCAAUGGUGUGCUUGGGAGUCAGGUCUGGGCAGGACCCUGCUGACUCAUGGCCCUGGAGCUGGGAGGACUUUCUGGCUUCCUUGGCUUUCCAGGGGGUGGAGGAAGGCAAGGGAGGAGCCUACCUGGGCCAGGGGGAGGGGAGGACUCCCAGACCAUCCCUGGAGUAUCCCUCACCCUCCCUCUCCAAGAUGGUAGUACCUCCCACUGCCCCCCCAAGUCUUGGGCGGAAAACUGAUGGAGCUAGCCUUCCCCCUCCUGGGGAGCUCUUUCUAAAUCUGAAGGUGGUGGGCGGGCGGGGGGGGGCGCUCCAAGGAGGGAUCUGGGUGGGAUAGACUCUGGCUGAGCCUCAAGAAACCAGGAAGAGGAGGGGGGAGGGCUCAUGGCGGCCAGUGUCCCCACAGCUCUCCAGCACCCAGUUCUACCUAUCACCCCCCUCCCAGCUGCACUUUAACCCAGAGGGCAGUGGGGUUCUGGGGACAGGGCAAGCAGGCGGGCCGUGAAGAACGCCUCGGUACCCACACCCGCCUGUGUCUGCCCUUCUGUCCCCAGGGCGGCGGUCAGCUCCCCUGGCCCCCCGGUCCACACUCCCGGCUAUUCCGACAAGGGCUUCUGGAGCUUGUAACCAGCAGAUUGUUUCCCUGAGUUUUCUCAUGAAUAAAUUUCCUUCAAUGCU